AUUUUGUGUUUGAUGCGUGGUCUUUCCAUUCGCGUGCAUGGUGUUCGACUGUUGAAUAUGUCGAACAUGGAGAAUUUCCUGGGGAUGUUAAGCGAGCAACUUGGUGCAAAAAUCUCCAUCAACACGACGGUUUUGAACCCCACGUAUCCGCUCAAGUUUGAAAGGUUUGGCGACGGAAAACUCGAAGACGACGCCGAGUUCCAAUCGCACGUCAAAGAGCUAUCGACACAGGGCCACGAUGUCGCUAUAGAAUUUGCCUCAGAUAAACGCUUCUACUCGAGCUCAAAGAUUUACAAGGCAGAAAAGAUGGCUAGAAAGGCAUAUGUUGAGGAUGAUCCUGUUGCUGCUGUUAGGAAAGCGUUGAAAGUAUCGCCUUAUUGCCCCGAAGCUUACAACGUGAUGGCGCAGUUCCAAGCUAACACCUAUGAAGAAGCUCUUGGUAAGGAUGCUUCAUUUCGUCUACUGUGUGUUUUUAAUUUCACGAAAAUGUAAAUUAUUCCAGUCUGUGAAUUGUUAUUUUGUCUUAUCUAAAAUAAUGCAGGGUCUACUUCGUGAUGAAACGAUUGUAGGCUUCCUAUAUAUUGCAACGAAAGUCAUGGUGUGUACUGAGGUCGACUGCAAUCUGAUAACUCCACUCUAAAUUCCGGUCAUGCAUAUUUCUCACGUGUCGGAACGCAUAACACAAUGGGCAAUUUUCUCGUUUGCCAUUGACGUGCAGAGUGUGGCCUAAAAUUGUACAGAGGUGGAUCCAGAAAUUUCAGAAAGGGGUGGCCGCUACACUUGGCAGCCAGAUUGAUACUAUUUUUACUAUUUAACUAUGUAUUGUUCAAAAAUAAUACGAAAUUUCCCAGAAAAGUGGCUGGCCGCGGUCCCCUUGGCCAACCCUAAAUCUGCCCUUGCCUAGUCCCUGUACGGUGUUUUCCCAGUUCCUCUCGGUCAAUUCAUUUCAGUGACAUAUCCGAGGCGAACGGGCGGGAAACAUUUUCGCUUGGACCACCUGACCCGAAACGCUUUGGCCGCGAGGAAAAAUGAGGCCUAGGGACUAGGCAAAAUCUGCCCAUGUUUCAGCUUUAAUUUUCGCACCCGUCACUUCACCUUACUCAUAACUUUCAUAGAAAAAAUGAUCUUUCAACUCACUCCGUGAGCCCCUUUUAUUUAGGCAGAUUCUUUACAGAUGUAUGUCACCCUGGACAGAUGAAUAUUUUCCAGUCAGUACCUUAUGGUUUGGAAAAUGGUCAGGUGUCUAAUAUCAAAAAUAUCUUUCUCGAAAUCAGAGUUUUACAACAAGGCUGUGGAACUAGCACCAAAUGUAAGUGCUGAAUUUGAGCAAGAGUUACCAAAGCGGAGAGCUUGGUCUUUAAAUCACCUGCGAAGUUACUUUCGAGCGGUGCAUGGCCAAGCUAAUACCUUACGUAAGAUGGGGCGGUAUGAAGAAUCUCUCGAAAAGUAUCUUCAACUUGAAAAGCUGGACCCAGCGUUCUACAGGUAUACUAGUUAAUUUAUUUUUUUUAUUUUGUUUUAAGAUAAUAUUAUUAUUUUAGCUUCACAGUAAUCAGGUUCUUUUUUUCAAUUUUACAGAUUUAAACAGCUUAACAACGGUUUAACAGCACUCAACAAGGCUGUGCUCUAUGAAAAGUUGAAGGGAGCCCACUUCUCUGAACUAGUGAAAUCUAGGGGGCAUGGCAUAUGGUUUCUUUAAUGAAACCAAGAUUUUCGCAUUGCCAGUGAGUAAAAGUUAGGUGCCUGGGGCAAUUGGGCACUUCUAGAACACAGCCUUGCUCAAGAAAUAAUGAAAACUUUCUUCCAGCUUAAAAAGCGUGGAAUUAAUGCAAACCACAUAAUACACUCAUUUUCUGAUUCGAUCAAGUGGGUUGACACUUAUAAUUUUCAGGGAGGGCACUUAAAAAAAUGUGACCAGUGUGUCAUUGAAAAGCACUGCUUCAUUCUUAUAAUGGAGCUUGAAGACUAGCCCUACAUUUGUAGCAAAUUUAUUACAGUUUCCAGAAAAUUAGCUGGGUAAAAGCUUGAAAGUGUGCCAGCAUAUUCAGGGAAAUAUGGGCUUUACUGGUACACAACAUCAUGUAAUAUACUUUUGUUUUGACUUGUUAGCUGGUGUUCAUAUGCCAACUGGAGGUACCAUGUAUUAGAGGUUUACAUGAAAUUGGGUGAUGACAGGGGAGCACUCAAGUUUGCCAUGAAAAAGUCCAAUGUAGAAGCUUUUCAAUUUUCUUCAUCAUGUGGGGCGUGGUUUUGGACCAAAGCAUUGCUUGACUAUCGCUACAAGCAACACAGAGGCUAUGCUGAAGACUUCUAUGAUGCAGUGAUAGACAGAAAUGAUCCUGAAUCUCAGAAUGUCUUUAAUAGCUUUGAAGGCACAAUUUUAAGAGCCUUUCAGGCGUCACCAGAGACAUUAAGUUUUCUGACUGGUGAACGCAAGCUGCCUGACUGUCUGAUUCCUGUGCUCAUGGGAAACUGGAGGUCACUGACUAAUGUGGCCACUUACUGUCUGUCCAAUGCUGAACUUUGGCGCAACACGCCAGGGGCUUUGGAAUGGGCUGCAUCCAAUGCUAGAACAUUUAUGUGCUCAAUGAUUUUGGAUCAAGAUAAGGAAAACUGUAAAAGACUUGGUAUUCCAUGCACAUCCAAGAAAUUUAAAGAACUGCUCAGCCAAGGAAUUUUCUUUGAUGCAAAGGUUAAUCGAAGCAGCAAGACAUUAGUGCACUGUGCCGUGUGUGGUGAAAUGCCUCAGUAUUUGCAGAUGCUGAUUGAUGCUGGUGCAAAUGUCAAGAUUGUCCCAAGAGGUGGCCGUGGUAUUCCACAACCUCUGCACAUGGCUUGCUAUUACAGCUUCAGCUCAGAGAUCAUCCAGAUCCUGUGCAAGGCAGGUUGGUACCCAUUAUUAUUUUACAGUUCUGAAAUUACUUUUGAACAGAUCUUCUUAGUUUUAGCUUGGGUGUGGCUGGGAAGGAGUGUAAGGGUUUUUGGUGAUGUAUACAUGUAGUUUUUGGGUUAAUCAUAAAAAAUCUUAGGAGCUGUCUGGGACAUUUUUGGAAAUCCUUGUCAUGACAAGACAAAACUCUCAUGCACUUGACUCAGAAAAAGUUGACAGGUAUUAGAGAGCCUUUUCCAUUGUCAAACCUAAUUUAUUAAACUGGCAACAUGCAGUGCAUUUGAGAUAGUUAGGGCUCCAAAUACUGAACUUUAUGUCCAAGCCACUGAUCACUACAUGUACAUAUGUUCUGAAAGUGAAUUAAUUACCAUACAUACUGAGAUAAUUAUACUCACCAAAAAGUUUUCAACUUUCAUACGCAAAAUGGUUUCUAGCCAGUCAGAGCUACAAACUAUGUUUUUCACAUGUGAGAAAAUUAGUUUACACAAUCAGAAUCACAAUGUACAGUACAUAAUUAUUCUGUUAAGCAAAUCAAGACAAAAUGGAAGGCAGACCUACAUAAUAUAUUUUUUUAUAUAUUUUUUAUGUACCGAAAUUUAUUGUAAUUUGAUUGUGAAUAAAACUAUGCCUAAAAUUUGAUACUCAAAAUUAUUAAAAUUGUGUAUAUUAUUGAUACUUGGGUAAAAUAAAAGUUAAUAGUCUUAGUUAUAAUACUUAGUUCGUUACAAAAGUUUGUCCAGUGUUCUGAAGGUUGUGUAUGUUAUGGUUCAAUUUUAUCCCUGGUUUAAAUUUAUUUUCAUUUGUCUUUGGGUGUGUAUAAUAAUGAGUUAAAACUAAGGUAAAGUAAACUUAACCUAAGGAUAAAAUAAAAACCUCAACACGCAAAGUACUUUGUCUUUCAGGUGCUGAUCCAACGGACAAGUGCGGGUUCCACUACUCUCCUCUACAAAUGGCAGCUGAACAAGGUGGACUCAGAGCUUUGAAAGCAGCAUUUGAUUGCCUUCCUGACUACCGCAAGAAAGAUCAGAAGGUCCUUGACAGCAUUCUACUUGCUGUGUUUCAGAGCUCAUGCUAUGAGUGUGUGACAGGUCUGGGUGACCUGUGCCAGCGGUGCCUUGGUGGGGAUGGUCCACAUCGAUCAGAUGCAACAUGGACAGGGGUGCUGGAUUUCCUCACAGAACUAAAUUACAAACCAUCCAACAAGUACCUGGACAGCAUGCAGGAAUUUCCCAAGAAAAAGAAACUCUUUGCUUAUUAUGUCUGCAAGCUGCGAGGAGAGGAGCCGAAAGAAGCGGCAGAGGGUCCAGACUUGAGAAGAAGGCCACUGUCUCUUACACAGCCAUCCAGCCUUUCAACAUUCCUGUCAGCACUGGGACAGUUUGGAGACCUUCCCAGUGAACUGCAGAAACAGCUUCAAAGCACUAAAGCCAUCAUGCCCAAGUCAGUGAAGUCAAUGUGUGAGAAUUGCAAAGGUAGUGAAAGGAAGAUGAUGGUUUGUGGGCAGUGUCGUCAGGCUUACUACUGCUCCCGAGAAUGUCAGAAGAAAGACUGGAAACAGCACAAGAAGUCUUGUGCAACAAGAAAGGAGUGAAGAAAGUUCUUUAUUCUUAUUACUAUCAGUUAUCCUGCCAUUCAUAAAGAGUAUUGUCCAUGUUGAUAAAUAGGAGGAAAUAGAUUGCUUCGUUAUCUGUGAAAAGAACUAUACUUGUACAUUAUUUUCUGCCAUGUUCUUUAAUGGAAAUCAAUUUUUCUCAGUCUUCAGCCACAUGGUAUAUGUUCACGUUUUUAUAAUCGUUGCUGUUUGAAUCAUAUCUUUUUGCCCUGUGGAUGAGUACAUAGGGGGGUUUCGCUAUGUUAAGCACUGACAGCUUUUAAAGAAUUAAAUAACCCAAAGGCAUUUAUUUUUAUAGCAUUGCUGAAGUUAUGGCAUAUUGAAAAAAUUUUUAUCAGAAUUUCAUGACAG